AGCACUAAGCAAACUCUGUCUCUCUGUCUCUCUUCACAACUUAACAAUCAUCACUAUUCAUUUUCUUUCACCAAAAUUCUCCUCAUCAGAACCAAAAGGACAGUCCCCUCCAAAACACCAAAAAGAGGAAGGGAAAGAACCCAAAAAGGAUCAAUCUUUUGCAUCAUCUCCCUCUCACGUCUUCCCCCGCCUUGUUUGCUGAUAUCAAACUAUGUGGCAAAAGCAGCCAAGCACGUCCUCCUUCAGAGAAUCCAUCAAAGCUCUGGAAGCUGAUAUACAGCAUGCCAAUGGCCUGGCAGCUGGUUUGCCGAGAGAUUAUUGCGGCGACAGUAUACAGAUGAGAUUGUCAUACAGUCCUUUUGCACCAUUCUUAUCGUUUCUGAUUGAAUGGAUGGAUUGCCGUUGUACAGAUUCCAUCCCAAGUUAUUUAGGCCUUGUUCAGAUCAUAAUAUACCAGGUAUAUGUUGAUGGCAUGCCCACAAUGUCUUCGAAAGAAAGACAAGCCUCUCUGAGGGAAUUUUACGCUGUUAUAUAUCCUAUGUUGAGGCAACUGGAAGCCCAGUUUAUCCUAAUUGAAGAUGACAAUAAGAAAAGAAGCCAAGCGGUGGAUGUUUCAAGCAGAAAGUGGGCUGAAGACAAGAGGGGGUUUGGCGAUAAAGAUAUUGACAAGGAAGAUGAAUGCGGCAUAUGUAUGGACAGUUUUAACAUGAUGGUACUGCCAAGCUGCGGGCACUCCAUGUGUAUCAACUGCUUUCGUGACUGGAAUGGGCGAUCUCUAUCCUGCCCCUUUUGCCGCGACAGCCUUAAGAGAGUUGGCUCAAGAGAUUUAUGGGUCCUCACAAGUGGCAACGAUGUUGUUGAUGCAGUUACUCUAGCGAAGGAGAACCUGAGAAGUUUCUAUCUUUACAUUGAGAGCCUGCCUUACACAACACCCGAGACCCGUGUCAUUGUUUUCGAUUACAUGAUGUUCUGAUAGUGAGGAGGACUGAAGAGUUUGACUGUACAUUCUAGGUAGAGAUAUUGCUGGCCUUCCAUUAUUAGUGAAGCCAAGGUACAUAUAUGAACGUGGAAGGUCAAGCAGAAGCCAAGGUAGCUGUGCAUAGAUGAGUUCAUUCCCGAUUACCAACAUAAUCUUGGAAAUUCAGGUAAAAAUCAGGUGGAUUCAUAUAGUCCUGCGUUCCCUCCUCUCAUCGUGGAAGCAAUUCUUACGCUUCUGUGAGAAUGAGAACUAGAUGAGUAAUGUAUAGUACAGAAACAGGGCAUUGCUUGGCUUUCAACCCAGCUAUUUUGGACCUGAGUACUGGAAUGCAAAUGUCAAGCUCUGGGAGGAUGGUUGAUGUUUAUUGACCCAAUAAAAGGCCUUUAGCAUUUAGUCUUCUGCUUAAUAUUCAUGGUACAGGCGAAAUAAUUUAUGAUGCACAUGAAACUAAAUCAUCUUUCCUGUGCCAACUUUAUUGCAAUAAAGCAUUAUAUUAUUUUUAAGUGA